CGUUUUGUGCACAGCUGCUGCUGGAGAGAGCGGGAGGAGGAGACGAGCGAGGAGCAACCGAAACACAAACACGUUGCGGGAGUCAGAGAGUGAUCAGCGGAGAGCCUUCUUCCACAACUCCCGGAAACUGCCUCUUUGCACGCGGGGACUCCGCUGUGGAGCAGGGUCCGCCUCCCAGAAUGUUCUGUGGCCUCGCUUCUUUUACACUGAACACAAACAAGUCUCCGCGACGUCCCGGACAGUGAAGCCCAGAUGCUCACGCUCUCCGCCGACAUGGACGAGUCUUCGUCGCUGCUGGAUCUGCUGGAGUGCUCGGUGUGCCUGGAACGCCUGGACACCACGGCCAAGGUGCUGCCGUGCCAGCACACCUUCUGCCGCCGCUGCCUGGAGAACAUAGUGAGCUCCAGAAACGAGCUCCGCUGCCCGGAGUGCCGCAUCCUGGUGGACUGCGGGGUGGACGACCUCCCCGCGAACAUCCUCCUGGUUCGCCUCUUGGACGGGAUCAAGCAGCGGCCACAACGAGGCAAUGGAACGGGCAGUAGGCAGUCCCUUCCCGGGGGCUCGCUUCAGGGCUACGCAGCCGGAAUAUGCGCUUCUUCCCCGGGCAGUGCUAUUAGAGAGCUGCCCACGGCCACGAGGAGCUCCCCUGUAAAGAACAUCCCAGCACUGCCAUGUGGUAAAGCCCUGUAUUCUUAUGAGGGCAAGGAACCGGGAGACCUACAAUUCUCCAAAGGUGACAUCAUCAUCCUGCGACGCAAAGUGGACGACAACUGGUAUCACGGCGAGCUGAACGGUUGCCACGGUUUCCUGCCUGCCAGUUACAUCCAGCUGUUGCGGCCCUUGAGCCAGACGCCGCCACAGGGAAAGGCGCUAUACGACUUUGAGGUCAAAGACAAAGAUCAAGAUAAGGACUGUCUGGCAUUUAGCAAGGACGAGGUGCUGACGGUCAUUAGGAGAGUGGAUGAGAACUGGGCAGAGGGCAUGCUGGGAGACAAGAUCGGCAUUUUCCCCAUACUCUACGUGGAGCUCAAUGAAACCGCCAAACAGCUCAUGGAGAUUGACAAACCCACGACAACAAACGCUCCUGGUCCGAGCUCUGAGCCUUCGACGCUGGGCUCCUGUUCAUCUGGCCCCUCCCCCUGUGCCUCACCAUCCAAUGGGAACGGCUCUGGCCCGCGGCGAGGGGAGGGCAAGAAAAACGCCAAGAAAAGGCAUUCGUUUACAGCGCUGUCAGUCACCCAGAGAGCAGCACAACUCAACAAUAGACACAGUAUGGAGAUCUCCAACCCAGUGCUCAUCAGCUCCUCUGACCCAAGAGCAGCCGCACGCAUCCAGGAUGCAUCCCCUCCUGGUCCCUCCCCCUCCUCGGCAGGGGUGAUGGUGCCCCCCAAAGUGGCGUCCAUUACCUCUGAGCUGCUGGCCCAUGCCAAGGUGCAGCUGCCUCUCAAUAUAUACCUGGCCCUCUACGCCUACAAACCCCAGAAGGCAGACGAGCUGGAGCUGAGGAAAGGUGAAAUGUAUCGCGUCACGGAGAAGUGUCAAGACGGCUGGUUCAAAGGCACCUCGCUCCGAACGGCCGCAUCUGGAGUGUUUCCGGGGAACUACGUGACUCCAGUGUCCAGGGCCCCAUUUGGAGUGGGUUCCUCCCGGAGCUGUUUGUCCAGUCCAGUAGGGGGCAGCAGCAGUAGUAAAGUGUCUGACCCCUCGUCCCCUGGUCCCUCUUCGUCUCGACCGUCCACACCUCUCAUAAACUCUGUAAACCACACCAGUCCUGCCUCAUCGCCUCAAAGUGCAGCCGCCCAACUCAAGAACUGCCUCCGGUCCGGUCAGCACACGGUUAACCAACGCACCUCCAUGCAGCUGGGUUUGUGUGUUUCAGUGCACAGUCCUCCAGCCGGCAGCCCUGAACGCCCCUCCGUAGCCGUCUCUCCCCUGCGCCCUCAGAGCUGCUCCCCCUCCCGUCAGUCUGGUCGCCCCCUCUCCAUGGUGUCCCCUGGUCCUAGUCUGGGACCCUCUCCACUCUCCUCCCCCGCCUCCAGACCUCUGCUCACCCUCUCCUCCCCUCUCUCCUGCCUCACCCCCCCAAACAUGUCAGCCGCCCUCCUCCACAGUGAACCCGCCAGCCCAGUCCAGCCGCCAUCACCGGGACCCUCCCAUGUGACCAUACAAGGAGGACUCGCACCUAAGGUAGAGAAGAAAGAAAGAAAAGCUGGCGGUUUGCUAAAGCUCUUGUCCGGAGCAGCAGCUAAGAAGAAACCACGCUCCCCUCCCUCGUCACCGCCGACCCAUGCCCCCUCACUGGGCGCCGUGGCAACAGACCCCUCCCACCCGCACCCUCACCACUACCACCCACGCUCAGGCUCCUGUCCCAUGGCCUCACAGGGCAGGGCAGGCUCUUGUCCUAUCGAAACUGACGGCGGGGCCAUCGGUCUGGAGCCACUGCACAGGAAGUCUGGGUCUUUGGAUACAAACUUCCCCAUGUCACCCCCGGCAACGCGCACCGUCAAUGCUCUAAUGGUGCUGCGGCCAGAGCCCAAACCCUUGUCCAGAGAGAGGUAUCGCGUGGUGGUACCAUACCCCCCCCAGAGUGAGGCGGAGAUCGAGCUGAGGGAGGGCGACGUGGUUUUUGUGCAUAAGAAACGCGAGGAUGGCUGGUACAAAGGCACACUGCAGAGGAAUGGGCAGACAGGCCUGUUUCCUGGCAGCUUUGUGGAGAGUUUCUGAAGUGAACAGUGCGGACAAUGACUCACUCAGAGGACAAGCGUUGGACCAGUGCACAAGCGGGAUCAGGGCUGGCUUCUGGAAAUGCACUUUGGAGUAUUAGCAGGAAAAGUCCAGGGGGUUGAACUUUACAAAGAUAGUUAUUCCUUUCCUUGGUUUUUGUUGUCGCAUUAGAAUUAAGCAAGUUCCUAUUGAAACACACUGAAAUAAUGUCUAGUAUAAUUAACAUUUUACACACCACUGGGUUGUGUACAAGGCUAUAAGACAAAAAGAGACAGAAAGAAACAGAAUAGCCUUAAAGACUUUUAGAAAACAGACCUCAACCGACCUGUAACAGCAAAUAUUGCCUAAUCCUAACAGCAACAGCAGUUAGAGGGUAAAUGCCUUAUCUUUGAUCCUUCAUCUAAAACUUAAGGAUUUGUCCCAUAUUGACAUAUAGUGAUUAAAUUUAAAUGGUACAACUUUUUUUUUUUUUUUUUUUUUUUAUAAAUCUUAAAUAUACCAAACUCUGACCUAUUAUACUCAUACAGUAUGUGAUGUCAUCACUUUGGCUAUUUCCAGGUCCAAAGUAAUUCCAGCCCCAUUCACUAUAAUGGAAUUUUGGCAGAUUUCAACCAGCUCUAGGACUUUAUAUAAUGCCAGUUUCAGAUUUAAAACAGCACAAAAUGAGCCAGCGAAAUCAGUUUUAAUUUAGCACCUAAAAUAAGAAUGCAAAAACGACAGAUUUUAUUGUGAAAUACGAUGUCUUUUAUUCAUCAGCAGGUCUCUAUUUCUGCCGUUGUCUGGGCAACUCAGAACGUUUGGACCAAAACAAGCUGUGAUGAUGUCACACUUAACAAUCCAAUAUCACUGUUGAUGUUUUCUUGGCUAAAAAAAUUCAACAAAUUUUUAAACACAAUAAACCUUGUGCAUAGCUACAUUCAUACUGACAAAAAGGAAGCAGUUUGGAGAAACCAGUUCUGAUCCCACUGAUCCUCAGACAGAAGUGCUGACCCUGUCUUUAGCCGACCCUCCUACACUCUGAGCAUGGCAGCUUUGGAUCAUUUUACUGCAGACGGUGCUGGGUUCAAAGGUCAAAGUUCAGAGGGCAUUUAUUAGACUGUGUGAGACUACUGAGAAGCACAGAGAGAGAUGCAAGCUGCCUAUUAACUCUCCUCUAUAAGACAUCUAUCCACCAGCAAAACCUAGCACAAAAACUUCGGACCGAGACCUCACAACUUGAAUAUGGGUGCUUUAUUGUUGAUACGAAAAAAUGAAAGGAAUUUUAACUCAUUGUAAGCACAUUGCCAUGUUAAGUUUACAAUUUUUAAAUAAGUAAUAAUAGUGCAUGUAGCAUUAUGUUUUAUAUGUCGAUUUGGCUAGAUGUUUUGGAGUAAUUUAUGUUUCAUUUUGUUUUUUAAUUGUUUAGUUUUUUUUAUUAUUAUUAUUUAAAUAUGACCAUUUCACAAACAAGCCUACCUAACAUCCCAAGACAGUGAAAGUUGCGCCAAACGUUUUAUACAAAAAGGCACUUUGAAAAAAAAUUGCCAAUUUUUUGCUGUAUGUCUAGUUUCAAAGUAUUUGUGCUAUUUGUCUAAGAUUUGGUACUGUAUUUGUACGAUUUCAUGACUUUUUGAAGAUAUUGACACAACAUGUAACACUCAUCUCCAGCUAUUUAAGUACAUGUUGAAGGCUUGUCUAGUUUACCACCGCACUCAUCAAUGCUUUCUGCUGUUGUGGAUAAUUCCCAGAAAAAUAUACAAUAUCAAAAUAACUUUCCAUCCUCACGCAUAGAGAACUAACUGAAAAAUACAGCCUUAAUAAUACACAGAACCCUUCAAUAGGAAUGUUGAAGAUGCUAACUUAAAAAUGAUACAUUUUCAGAAUAAAAGCACAGGAGAAUCACAAAAAUAGGCAUUGCUUUAGCACAAAUGUCAAAGAUGAAUCUCUCACCGCCUGAUUGCGUAUUACUGCUAGAGGGAAGACCUUGUAGAUUGAGAACAUACACCAUUGCUAUACAUUGGUUCGAGCUAUGAAAAUUUCAGCACCGUUGCCAUAGCAAUGAAGAAAAUUAUAACUAAAUAUUAUAGAUUUUUAUAGGAAACUGAAACCAAUGACUAGUGUUGGAGAUUGUUCACAUUAUAAUAACAGAUGCUAAGAUGAAAAUGAGAUUGAUUCAUGUUUUUUCUUUAGUGAUCAUUUUGGUUUAACUGAGGGCUGUAUAGACCAAGAGGCAAAAAGACAAGUAAUAUCAGUGGGAGUAAUGUAAAAAAUGUGUUCAUACUGCCUUUGAGUGUUUACUUUGAACUAAAAGCAAAAGACAACUGUGAUGGUAUUAACUUUAAGUCGAUGAAAGCUCAAGAGAUUUGUACUUUGUGUGUUCCUUUGGAAAUCUGCUCAAAAUGUGUUAAAGCUGUGAAGGGACAAAAGCAGAGAGCAACUGGACCAAGUAAAUACUCACACAUGAUUAUAGAGAGAGGGGGGAUUAAUCAGCUCAUCUCCCUGCAGUGCAUCAUGGGUAAUCCUGUGCAUCCGAACAACCAAAAGCUACUAGCCGACUAGGGCUAGACUGACUGAUUGUGCAAUUUAGUCAUGUUUUUAAAUGUUUUCUUAAAGGUGCCUAUGCAACUUUUUUGAUGGGUUAUCCACUACCUGCUUAUCUACAGGAAUAUUCCACAGUAUGGCCUUAAACUUACUAUUUUUCAUCUAUUCAUGUGUUCUUAUUGCUCAAAGACACCUUGAAUACAUGUAUUCUUACUGAGUGGGCAGGGGUCUCAACAGAUCUGACCCGUAACUUGGCAUCUGCUUGUUUUCAUGGUGAUAAAAAUGUUUAAUCCCAUACUGUGAAACAUUCCAGCCAAAGCAAUUACAUCUCCAUGAAGAUGUAGCGGGCACCCCACCAGAAAAAUUACACAGUGCACCUUUAACAUAUUCAUCCAGGGAGCACAUAAACAAAUUCAAGUUUAAAAUGUAAGACAUAUACAUUCAGUACUCGCUGUGAAACAUUUACAGCAUUUACAUAUUGCACCAAAAGCCCUCCCAACCACCACACAGAAACACUAAUGCAUUCAUAAACGCUAGAGGUGGUAUCUUGCCUAAGGACACAACAGCAACGUGAGUAUUGGACCUGUGAAGCCCAUACUAUUGAGCUUCUUUAUGUCAUAUUCUUUCUACAGUAACGAAUAAACUUCACAUAAGAUAAAUGCCUGUACAUUUUCACUGAGAGUACUGACUUUAUAUGUUUACAUUCAACUAAUUGUUUUACUUUUCUUCCACUUAACAAUGGAUGUAUAAAUAAAUCACUUGCCUUUGAAAGCUGUCAGUCAGACCCUAGUGCCUAUAAACGCCAACACACACUGUUUACUAUCGAAGCAGUUUCGUCUCUUGUUCUGGUUUAACAACUUGGCUAUAAUGUGUGUCUUUCAAUGUUCUGUUAGAUCUAUAGGCACAAACCAGCAGAUCAUAACUCAGUAUUCAAAUCUAGGCAGGAUUUCUUGUAUUGAUUUGUAUUUUGAAUAAUAUUUGAAAAUGUUGUUUUGUGUGUUGAGGUCUAUGCUGUGAGGGAGUUUACAACAUCAGGAACCUAACCGCGGUGGCACAGUGUUCACUUUAUGUAAAAUAACUUGAAGCGCCGAUCGGACAUUUGUUUUUCUGUUUCCUUGUUGAUGUUAAAAUGCUUGUCACUGGUCUGGGCUUCCUGGUUGUAAAUACUACUUCUCUACAAUGUUUCAGCCUCAGAUUUUCACCUUGAUUUGUAUUGUUGCAUUUUCAAAACAGGACAUAACAUUGUAUUAGUGAGUUGACAGAUUUAAAGGGACUGUAUUAUGGUUAUUAAUGGGCAUUAUGCAUAUUUUAUUCAGUAAUAAUUUCAGUUUCAAAGUUGUAUUGUGAUUUACAUAUUGGCAUUAAAAUUAUUACAACAUUUUUGAUAUGGGAUAACAAAAUAAUUGGAUAAAAUUCUUUCCUUUAUUCUAUUUUAAAGGUAGAAUUAUAGUUGACUGAGAGGGUAACUAAGUACAAUAAAAAUAACCAAAGCAAACCUAAAUAAUCAUGAAACUGUUCCUUUAAAUCUCUGUUCCCUCCAGGAAGCCUGAGCCUUUACCAUCUUGAAUUAGAUGUUAUAUUUGGUCCUAUGGAUACUGACGCGCUCGUGUGUGUGUGUGUGUGUGUAUGUGAGUGUGAGUGAAAGGGGGGGAUCAAAUGGGCAGGGCCUCUGUAGCUUUUUACAUAAAUAAUGAGUUUCAUGGACAUGUGCUGUGGACUUUAAUACUGCACAGGGACUGGUUGGGGUUUGGCUGUGAAAGGGGAGCUCAAAGUCAAAAGUAUAUAUAAUGAUUCUAUAUUGUGCAGAAUAUUUAUAGGCCUUUUGUGCCGCUGAAGUCAUGCUCUUUCUACCAUGUGGUCAUUACACAUCGUCUUGUACUGAUGAGCCGUGGUUGAUUUGAUUGUUUUUUCAUGUCAAGUGCAUUUUACGCAAUAAAUGCCUUUGUUUU